AUGCCCAUUGAUGAUACAACUCUUGCUAAGGAGAACACAGAUGGACCAGAGAAAGCAAUUGAUGUAGAGCCUCAAGUCCCGAAAGUUGAUAAUGCUGAUGAUGUUGGCGCAAAUAAGGGGAAAGAGAAGAUUGCUGAUUCUCUCCCUAUUGUGCCUAAGUUUCCUUUCCCUCACCGGAUGCUGAAUAUGGGAAAACUAAAAUGCACACAAAUCACGUUGCAAAUGGCAGAUCGUUCUAUAAAGUAUCCCUUGGGUAUUUUGGAGGAUGUUCCUGUCCGGGUGAGGAAAUUCUACAUUCCUGUUGACUUUGUGGUACUAGAUAUGGAGGAGGAUAGUCAAAUCCCCAUAAUUUUGGGUAGGCCAUUCUUAUGUACUGCAGGUGCUGUUAUUGAUGUCAAGUCUGGGUCUCUUACUUUGAGUGUUGGUGAUGAUACUUUUACUUUUAAUCUAACCAAUGCUUUGAAGUCUCCUAUGCUUGAGAAUACUUGUUGCAGGAUUGAUAUUGUAGAAUAG